UAUCACAUAUUUAGUAUGGCGGAUGCGGUGGAGUUGUCAAUUUAUCAUUAUGUUUGUUUUUUAAAGAUCAAAUAGAAAUCUUACAAAAAUGUCGUCUACAGAACCUUCACAGAACAAGACCUGGGAACUAUCCCUAUAUGAAUUGCACCGUACACCGCAGGAGGUGAUAACAGAUGCCACAGAAAUAGCGGUAUCACCGCGCAGCUUGCACAGUGAAUUAAUGUGUCCUAUUUGUUUGGAUAUGCUAAAGAAAACUAUGACUACGAAAGAAUGCUUGCAUCGGUUUUGUUCAGACUGUAUUAUUACUGCACUUCGAUCAGGAAAUAAGGAAUGCCCUACAUGUAGAAAAAAACUGGUAUCUAAAAGAUCACUUAGGCCUGAUCCCAACUUUGACUUACUUAUAUCCAAAAUUUAUCCUAGCAGAGACGAAUAUGAAGCUCACCAAGAGCGGGUUUUGGCUAAAAUAAAUAUGUCCCAUUCCCAAGCUUCUUUAGUAAACUCUAUAACCGAAGGUAUAAAGUUGCAAUCACAGAAUAGGCCACAAAGAGCGCGCAAAAAUCAUGACGACAACAGUAACGCUUCGAAUUCAAACAAUAAUACGGAGCCUCCACAAAAUGGUAGCAGUAGCUCGGUACCUAAGGACAGUACAUCUUCAGCCGCAAACCCUACCACACCCGGACAAUCAACUUCGAACCCUGCAUCUGUACGGAGUACUCCAUCUCCUGUGCCAUCGAACAUUAGUUCUGUUUCAAAAAACACCAGCACAACUAAGCGGGCUAAAUCCAUUUUGACAUCUGAACGCAGUGAAGGAAGUGAAUCUAGUGACAGCAGGACUGAAGGCGAGAACUCAAUGGACACAGAGGGUGAAAGUGAACCCUUGAAUCCUAAUGAAAUAGAGCUCGUGUUUAAACCACAUCCCACAGAGAUGACAGGAGACAAUCAACUAAUGAGAGCUCUCCGAGACAGUUCAGUGAGAUAUUUAAAAACUACAGCGAAUGCUUCAGUGGAUCAUCUCAGCAAGUAUCUCGCCAUGCGUUUAACAUUAGAUCUGGAUGCUGAACUACCAGAGACCUACCGCCUCUUGAACUUCUGUAUCUAUGUGGCUCCAUCUCCUGGACAGUUUGUGCCACUGGCCGGCUCGCAGACGUUGAGACAAAUUAAUGAUAAAUUUUGGAAGGUGAACAAACCGCUGGAGAUGUACUAUUCUUGGAAGAAAACCUAGAAGUAAAACACAUUUUAGUUAUCAUCUUAUAACUAAAAUGGUAAUGAAUCUGAUAUAACAUAGAUUUAUUAAAAUGAUAUUUAAUUUUUAAUUAAUGGACAUAUGUGAUUACUUCUAUAUACACAUGGCCAUAACAUGUGUUAUAAUCUAUAGAUAUAAUAAUCUAAUAUCUAUAGAUAUUACAAAAUCUGUAUUAUAUAUAAGGAUAUUUCGUCGGUGUAUUCUCAUUGAUUCAUGUAUGUUAGAAACAACAUGUAAUUUUAUAGAACUGAUUUAGUUUUACACUAAUAUGUAAAGCAAAUAUUGUUGGCAACACUAAUUAGUCGGAUAUAAUACUUUACGGUACAAUGAAUUAAUCAUAAAACUAUGAAUUUCAAAAUGUAAUUUAGAUUUAAAUGUAUUAUGUAGGCAAAUAAAUAUAAUAUUACCAAUUUUUAUCAUAAUAAAUUGAUACUUCUUUUUAUUUUGUACAGAUAAUAAAAAUGCAUUUCUAAUUCCGGUUUUAUAUUUUUUUAAAUAUACCAUAUUAAUGGUUGUAAAAAUCACAUGCAGUCGGCAGUGUACAACUAAUGUGCAAUUAUAUUAUUCAAUUAAAUUUGACAUUUAACAAUAA